AUGAAGCUCUCUUGCUCCCUUCUCCUAACUGCUGCCGCACUGUGCAUUGGCGUUGCCAGUGCCCAGGACUGUCUCAUCUGUGGGGAUCGUCCUUUGGAUUUUCCCGAUACCCUAGUCGAUUUGUCGGAUCUUGGCAUGGAAGGUGCCACUUGUACCGAUUUCGAGACCCUAGCCAACCAGGAUGCUACAACUCCUUGUGCCAUCUAUCAACUGAAUAGAGUCACUUGUUGCGAAGGCCUAGGUUUUGUACCUGAUGCCCCAUCCAAUUUGGGUGAAUUGUGCUCUACGGCUGCCAGCGACUUUGACUCCUAUUUGGGAUGUGCCAAUGCAUGCAUCGAGGCUAGCUGCUGCGGAAGUAGUUGUCAGACUGAUUUCGCAUGCGCUGGCUACCUACCUUGUGCCGUGUUGGAGACAAUUGCAGAUUUUCCUGGACAAGGUGGUACCGUCGAUCCCCCACCCUCUCCACCGUCGGACGUUGCAGUACUGUGUGCUGCAGAGACUAUUUCUACUGACAUUUUGGCAUUCUUGGAAUGUGCCAAUGUUUGUAUUGCCGCUAGCUGUUGCACAGGAUCUUGUUCUGAGGAGGUGAGCUGCAUUGAAUAUUCGGCUUGUGGCAUUUUGGAUCAAAUUGAAGCUCCAGGACCAGUGUUUGAUGGCACACCACCCUCGCCGCCAGCCAACUUGACAGACAUUUGUGCGGAAAGCGCAGUCAACUCUGGCUUUUUCGCAUACAUUGGUUGCGUCAGUGCGUGUAUUCCUGCCUCUUGUUGCGAGGAUGCCUGUAGCACGGACCCCACGUGCAUUGAGUACAUUCCUUGUUCCAUUUUGGACACCAUUGAUGAGCCACCAUUUGGUGUCGGCGGAGAUGGACCGAGUACGGGUGGACCAGGUACCGGUGGAGGCCCAGUCUCUCUACCCGAAGCACCGUCCGACUUGGCAGAAGUAUGUAAUGCAACCAGUGUUGCCGCCGACCCUAUCUCCUUUUUGCUAUGUUCCAAUGCAUGUAACCCUGCGAGAUGCUGUGCAAACUCUUGUUCUGGUGACAUUUUUGGCUGCAUCGCUUUUGCACCAUGCUUUGUUUUGGAUCUUGUAGCAUUUCCAGAACCAAGCACAGAGGGUCCUGUACCCCAAGCACCUUCCGACUUGGAAGCACUUUGCGAUCCAGAAAUGAUCGGCAUCAAUUUUGACGCCUAUUUGGGUUGCGUCAGUGCAUGUCUUCCUGCCAACUGCUGCGGGGAGACAUGUACAACUGAAGCCGAAUGCAUGAACUACGGACCCUGCGGCAAUUUGGAGAGCGUCGAUGAACCUCCAUUCGGUAUGGGUGGAGGAGAUGUCUCCGAUGUACCCCCGGAUACUGGUACGGGCGAUGCCGUACCCCCUGCACCGUCGAACUUGGCAGAGCUGUGUGCUGCAGGCAGUAUGGCCACUGACAUUGUGGCAUACUUGGAAUGUGAGAAUGCGUGUGUUCCUGCCGCAUGCUGUAUUGACACUUGUUCCACAGACUUUGCUACCUGCUUUUCCUACACGCCAUGUCUCGCGUUGCAAACUGUCCCAUCUCCGGAACCAAGUGCGACUGGUCCCGUGCCCACUGCACCUGCCGCCUUGGCAGAACUUUGUGAUGCAAGCAUGGUUGGCACCAAUUUCAAUGCCUACAAGAGUUGCAUCGGUGCGUGCUUUCCAGCAAGCUGUUGCAACGAUGGCGGAUGUCCCACUGACGCCAACUGCUUGAGCUACGAACCCUGUCUCGCUUUGGAUGCUGUGGAUGAUCCUCCCUAUGGUAUGGGCGAAGAUACACCUGACAUGGGUGAACCAACAGGUGCCGGAACAGAUGCCCCUGCCGCUACUCCCACUACUGCUCCUGUCGCGGCUCCAACUGCUCCAACCGGUCCGACUGCCGAAGGAGCGGAAGACAGUGGAGCCAAUGGCACUUCUGGACUAUUCACACCCAUUCGUUUAGUAAUGUCAGUCUUGUUCACCAUGGCUGCUGUUGCUUGGGCUGAAUGA